ACGCACUGCCCCGGAACUUCGCCGUAACCUAUAUCAAAGUAUAUGCCAUAGUCUUGUUGGAUUGCAGCAGUGAUGUUGGUGAUCUUAAUGGAGGCUUGGAGAGCGGAUCUUGUCCAUGGGUGACUUGACAAACCUGUGUCGUUGCUUUAUGGAUCUUGUUUGUGUGAUGCAAAUCUGAACAGAUGCACUGAAUAAGGCACCACUGCAUGUGAACGUCCAUUGCAAAGUCUGAAGUAAUUUCACAUGCUCAAAGUAGUGUGACUGCAGCUGUGACACCAUGUGACACAUAUGUGUCAUAUAUAGGCUAUAAAAAUUUGGUUACAACUGGAACAGAACAAAAUCUUCAGGAUGGCGAGCACCCAGCAAUCUGCACAGGAAUUCCUCGGAAAUGGCCGAACUCUGCUAACUGAGGGACGUUUAAACUGUGAUCCUUUAAUUGAAGCCUUAAUCCAGUGCAAAUUCUUCAUAAAUCAUGAGCUAAGUUCAAUUGAGUCUGCAGAAAAUAGUCAGGAUAAGAUAAGGAUUUUGCUCGACAUAGUUUUUUCUAAAGGAGAAGAAGCCUGCUAUAAGUUUUUAAAAAUUCUUGACAAAAAAAGAUUUGAAGUAUUUCCAAGACCUGUUUUGGGUGAUCGGGAUUUACAUCACUGGAUUAGCUGCUUCUCCUUCAAGGAUGAACCACAAUCUCAGACUGCAAACCUAGCAGACCCAGAUCCUUGUGCCGCAUACCAAGGCCUUUUGAGAUGGAAAGCAAGACAAAUACUGGAAAAUAAAUGGAACCAAAGCAUGAUUUUUUUUAAAAAUGAGCAUAAAAGCAAACCCUUCACAUACAUACCCCUUGUUAUGGACACAGAUUCUAGUACAGUUUCAAAACUUAAGAAGAACAAGGGAUACAAGAAAUCUCGCUCAAAAAAACUUACGACUUCCAUACCAACAAACAAGAAAAUGUUGUCUCCCAAAGACUUACUUAUGAAUGAUGAGAAAAGCAUCCUACUUGUGGGGAAACCUGGAGUGGGCAAGACAACAGUUGCACUAGAGAUUCUUAGACUCUGGACUGAAGAGAAAAGCAUUCCAGUGAGUUACAUGUUUUAUUUUGAUGAGCCACUGAUGAGAGUUUUCUCCCAGGAUCCAAAUCCUCAUAUGUUGAAGGAUCUUAUUUUUCACCAUUACAUAUGCCCAGAAGAAGCAUCAGAUCAAGUUCUAGAAAAUAUUGAGAGCAAUUCAGAAAAUGUUGUACUCAUUUUUGAUGGUAUCAUGGAUGUGACUGGAAACAACGUGAUUAAGCAGCUCAUGGGGAAAGAAUUUUUGAAAGAUGCCAAGGUCUUGACCACUUGCAGACCAGAAGCUGAGGAUACAGGUUACCUGUCAGACUGGCCAUCUUAUCGAGUAGAGGUUCAGGGUUUUAGUCAUGGGUCCAUCUGUGAAUACUUCAAAUGGAUGCUGGGAACAACGGAUGACAUUGGUCCUUUGAAAAACCCAGAGUUAUUCAGUUUGUGCUCUGUACCAUUGUAUGCCUUUAUAGUAACUGCCUGCAUUUCAGUAAGUCCUGUUGAAGCCAGGAAUAAGCCUUUUACAAUUACGGAGAUGUACGUCCAAAUUUUUCGCUUUUGCAUGAAACAACACGGGCACCAAAAUGUGGAGCACUUAGAUAAGUACAUUACGGACAACAAAAGGGACAUCAUGAAAUUAGCUCUAGCCUCCUAUCAAGCAAUGCUAGCAAGGACAGUGAACCUGACAGAUUUGGAUCAUGAAGACAAGCCUGUGCAAAAUGCUUUCUUGACAAAGCAAUUGUGGAACCCAUCCACAACCUCUUGCAAAGUGUAUGCAUUCCUUCAUAAUACAAUGCAAGAGUUUUGGACAGCCCUCUUUCUAAUUUUAAAUCCUGACAAGAUCACUAAUGUGCUUGAUCAAUGUCACAGCGAAGAAGAUGGAAAAUACCUUAAAUAUAUUAUGCCAUUUUUGUCUGGACUUCUCUCUGAUAAUCUAGUUGAGCUUAUAAAGUGUUUGGUGCCAGUAGAACAGAUAGAAGCUACACGUGCAGAGUACUUUCAACAGAUUAUUGACACUUUCCUUUACACUAAAGAACGGAAUCAAGAAGGUGAUUUCGAGCAGUUUGUGGACGUUGACAACAUCCUGUUUGUGUGUCGAUGUCUUUAUGAGUAUCAAUCUCCUAAGGCAUGCCUACUCUUCCUGGCAAAGGUUCAGUAUGAGCUUGAUUUAGAGGAACAAACCCUUGAUCCCCACCAGUGCUGCAUACUAUCCUAUGUGGUCAGUCAAACUAUGCAUCAGAAUAUUGAUUUGAACCUCACAAAUUGCAACAUUUCUGACCCUGGGGUGAAAUUACUUCUUGGCUCGUUGAAAAAUCUUAAAUUUCUCAGGUCAACAAGCAGCUUGCAGUCUCAAAUGUGGAGAGUGGCUUUUGAAGCAGGACAGUUUUCAGAUUUUGAUAGCCUGCUUAGCUUAUUCAGCUUUGAAAUGCACCUCUAUGCACAUGAAACACAAGACCAGAAAGUGUUUCAAAGGAUAGGAGAAGUCCUUAAAAAGAAGAGAUCAGAAAGUGUUCAUCUUUUCCUUCAUGUAAAUGAAAAACUCAUAACUAGACCUUUGCAGAAGGCCAUUUUUGAGAGCUUAUCCAAUAUCGCAACCAUUAGGUACAACCAGUGAACACAACACUUACUUCCGGAUGUAAUCUAAAAUUAUUUAGUUUUAUUCAAGUAAAAAUAUGGUUUAAUUUAACACCUAUAAUACAUUCCACAAUAAUUCAAAUGAAUUGAUUUUUUUUUUUUCUUAUUUUAUAUAUAUUCUUUAUUUAUUUAUUUAUUUUUUGUAGGAUUUUCCCCCAUCAGUUCAAAGUAGCAAUAGAAACAGACCUCUAUGUUCAAGGAGCUAUUUAUGAGAUGAAGACUGGUCAACGAUGUGUAAGGAAACUGCUGUCUGUUUUCAGCAACAAUCAAAGAGAAAACUUUGAGGAGCAGUGUAAAUUUUUGCUAAAUCUGCAAGAACAUGGUAAGAACAUGGAUGUUCUUCCAGUUUUGCAACCUGUUUUUUAUGCAUUGCCAACCACAUGGGUUGUACAGCCUUCAAACCCAUCAAUGUCACUGCUCUUCCAAACCAUGGAAGCUCUAAAUUUAAAGAAGCCCGCUGAACUAGAUAAUGUUCCAUACACGCUGAGUGAACUUAAACUUGUUCUUCAGUAUAUGCCCUAUGUUACAGAAAUGAGGUUCAGUGCUGCUCUCAGACAGCCUAAAGACAUCCACAAAAUUGUGAAGAUUGUUACUGAUCUUUUCAUUCUCGCAUCUGAAUGUGGAGAGGAGAAACUAAGGAGCCUUUCUACAGUAUGCAGUUACUCAACCUUUCCCUUUGCUGAAGACAGCAAAGACAUACAGAGCUUUUUCCUUUUGGAUCUCUUCACCCAGCUGAAAGAAAGUUCAUCAUGGAAGACAGUACUGCCAGCAUUAAAGCCCAUUCUUAUGGUUGCCCCUGCUGUAUGGACAGUGGACCUACUAAAACUAGAGAAGACAUUUGCUCUAAUUGAACUCCUAAAGCUUCAGGCCGUCACAAAACCAGUGGAGCUCAGGAGUUGGUCAUGCGAAAGAGAAAAACUUAAGAUUUUCCUGCAUUGUUUACCCUAUAUUUCAAAACUUUGCUGUGAUGAGCAGUUUUUCCAGACCGUGUGUGAGGUCCUCUCAGCAGACAAUGAAUGGAAUCCAAAACAGAUCGCUGAGCUUUUGAGAUCUCUUGGCUUUAGCAUUUCAUUGAUGGAUAUGCUGCCAAGUCGCCUCUGCAAAGCUGUUGGCAACAUUUUCGAACUGCUGGACAAAGAGGACAUCUCCCUCAGUCUUCUCCCUCAAAAGAUCUCUUAUCAAGGUUGUGCCUACCUCUUUUCAAAUAUGAAAAAGCUUCAAACCUUGAGAGUAAAUGAAAUUGCAACUUCAAAGCUGGCAAGACUGGUUAGGUCACAUAAAGAAAUAAAUUCCGUAACGGUGGAAGAGCUGUCUUUGGUUUUGUCAAACUCUCAUCUGCCAGAGAGAGAACUUUGCCAGCUAUUGAGCAGCCUGACUUCUCUUCUUAGAGUCUGGACAGUCCACAACUUGAACCUUUCUGAGUUUAAAAUUGAGCCUCACUUGCUCUGUGUGCUGUGUCAUCAGGGUGCCUUGUCCAUUAAAUUUAAUAAAGAGACUCUGGAACAACUAGCAGAAGUUGUGUAUGAUGCUCAAGAUGAAAAUCUGACACGGUUGUUCCUGGAGAAAAUUGAUGGUGAUUUGUCCCCUUGUGGUUUGUCCUGGGAUGUUUUAUCUUAUCUAGUUCAGGUCACGAAAAAGCAAGUGACACUAGACCUUCCAGAAGGCAGAUUUAAUGUUCUCAAAGUUCCAAGCCUUCUUGCUUUACUGGACACAGUCUGCUUUAAAAGGAUAAGCCCACGAUUUGUCAGGGCUGCACUGAAAGAGAUAUAUCAAAAACGUGCAGGUCAUCUAAUUGUGAAAUUAGUAAAAUCUUCAGCUAACCUGAUUAACCUUUGCAUGAGAGAGUUGGAUUCAACUGAUUGCAAAGCCCUCUGCUUUGCCCUGCACUAUAGUGAUGGUGUUAAGCUCAACCUGUUAAACUCUGUCAUUCCAAAUAAUGAGACGGACAACAUUGUAAAACUUAUGCACAGAGUUUCUGAUCUGAGGGUUGAUAGAAAGCUGCUGUUGAGUUUUCUUCAUGCCUCCAUGGACAUGGAAAAACAAGGAUAUUCAGUGUCUGCCCUCUUGAGGGCCCUGAACCACAAACUGGACUUCUCCUGCAAUUCUUCCCUCAGUAGUGGCCGUUUUGGUCAAGAAAAUGGGGAUGUUCUAACUCUGAGUCUUACGGAUUUUACAGCCAUUUCUUCUGCCAUUAAUAUAUCAACAUGUGACACAGAAUUAAUUUUAUAUGACUGUCAAGCAGAUGAUUCUGCAUUUGAGGUUCUCUUCCCUAUUUUGCACAAAGUGCAUCUUCACUUGGGCAGAAGCCUUCUUUGUCAGUUUCUGACAUUGAUUUUCAAUGUCCCCAUGGCUAUGUCUUUGAAAUGGGCAUCAUCACUUUCCAAAGCACUUGGAAAAGAGCUGGACCUCAGUGACACUCCUCUUAACUACCGCACAUGUGAGUCUCUGCAGUUAGUCUUGGAUUACACAGAGGACCUUACACAUCUUAAUCUCAGUCAUUGCCAGAUCACAGAUGCAUGCUUGGAUCUUUUCCUUCCUCACCUUCACAAAAUGAUGAUUUUAGAUCUUACUGGAAAUGACAUAACUGACAAAGGAGUACAGAGACUGCGCAUAGCCUUAGAUGGAAACAGUUUCACAAAGACCAUAUGCCUUUGUGACAACCAAAUAACAGAAAUUGGCCUCCUGGUGGAAGAAGCACGCUUUGAAACCCAACAGACUGGUACAAGAAGAUGCACCCAACCACAGCAUUACAGCACAAAAGAUUUGGAAUCAAAAAUCAAAACAGAAAAGAAGAAGGAAGAUCCUAUAAAGGAGUUUGAGCCUGAACUAGAAGUAAAUAAUGGCAGGAUUUCCUACAGGUUUCAGUGCACAUCUGAAGGCCUUUUCAUGUGCAGAACAACUGGGCUGUUGUUUGGAUUAAAAGGAAGUGGAUGUGUAGAGUACAGUGUGGUUCACUGGGAUAUGCGUCUCCUUAUCAACACUCACUAUGAGCCUGCUGGACCUAUGUUUGAUAUCAAAACCACUACGGCAGAAAUCUAUGAACUUCAUCUUCCACACUGCGAGACACAUGUUGAUGCAAUUGGAAAUCUUUCUGUUGUCCAUAUACACAACGAGGACACCCGGGAAUUCCUCUCUCCAGUUAAAAUUUCAAAAAAGCAUAUAGCUGUAAAUGUCUGUAGGUUAUCUCACUAUGGCGUUGUGCAUGAGAAUGAUCAGAAUAACAGAAUGAUCAGAGGGCAGGUGCUGCUGUUUCAGGAACCCGAUGUGUCACCAACCCUGCAAAGGCUAUGGGUUUUCCUAUUGCCGAGCAAUGUCCCACUCUCAGAGAUAAAAAAUCAGCAACAAGAGUAUGUGUUCAUCCAAACCAGCUCUGAAUGCAAACUAAUGACAAAUGCAAAGUAUACUCUGAUCUCAAAAAUAGCCAAAAAAAUCCAACCAAAGCAAAAAUUAUUUGAACUCUUGCAUGAUGGUAAUCACCAUCCUACAUUUGAGGUCUUCUUAGAUAAAGAUGUGACUGAACUGCAAAUUAAAGUUCAGCAUAAAAUAAAGGAAAGUGGUAAUAUCACUUUCAAAACUACAUGGAAACGUUUGAUAAUGCUCAAGAAAAACAGAGAUAAUCACACCGAAAUGAUAUCUGAAGAACAUUCUAACAAUCAAGAAAAAAAAUGGAUAUCUGAUCUUGGUGAAAUAAUGGAGGAUCUGAAAUGUGAUGAGUUCAAGAAGUUAAAGCAUUUAAUGAAUAACACUAAGAAUAGAGUUUGCAUUCGUUGGACGAAGCUUGAAGAAGCAAACAACAGGUGUGAGUUGGCGAGUUUGGUUGUUGAGACGUGGGGAUUCAAAGAAUCAGUGAAAGCCAUUCAUGAGCUCAUGAAGAAGCUGCCUCGCAAUGAUGAAUUUGUCACAGACCGACUGAAGCCAUACGUAACACAGUUUGGCCUUGAGGGUUAGAGGCCUUGCAAUCAUAUUGUGAAUAGACAUCAAUAUAAAAGCACUUUACGUGAACACUCAACGACAGAUUACCACAGAUUGGUAUUACUGUAUAUCUGACUCUUGUUUCAUUGUACUUCAAUUGUAAAUUCUAAGUAUAACUAUGUGAUUUUGUAAAUUGUAGAUUGUAUAAAUGUUCAGGUUGCUUACAUGUACAUAUAUUUAUUUAGCAGAUGCUUCAAUCCAGAGUGAUUUACAAAUGAGGAAUACAACAUUGGCAGUAACAUGGGAAGCGCUGCAAUAUGAAUAUACUGUAAUUGUGAUGUUGAAUUGUUUCUGCAUGUUAAUCUGUUUAUAUGAGAAUUAUAUGCAAAGACUUCACAAAUGAAGUUUAAAAAUGUACAUCUAAUAUUUCUUGAUGAAUGUGGAAUCAACACAGUAAGUAAACAAAAAGUUUGAUGAAAGAAAUAAAAAGUUUAAUUGAA